GAAAUCCCCAGCCUUAUAGUUUCACUUUCAUUUGGCUUUAUAUAAACUGCCACUCUUCUGUUCUCGAUCAUCAUCUUCAUUGCAGUAGUUCUACAAAUAUGUUUUUUCAACUCGUCUGGAUUCUAGCUGCCUCCGUGCAAUGUGGGCUCACACAGGAUAGGCCUACCCAUGAAGUGAAGUCAGUUUGUGGAGAGGACUCAAUUCUGAAAUGUAAAGCAAUAUGUAAGCCUGGGGUCCAAUACCGGGCGGUGAGGUGGUACAAGCUGGGUGAGGAGCCCUCUAAUAAGGAGUCUGGUCUAUUGAUGAAGAGGCUAUCAUCACCUAAAAGCACCACCCAAUGGUACGCCGGUCUGGAGCGUGAAGUGGAACUUUUGGCUGAUAAUUCUUUCGAUAUCUUCCUGCCCAAUGUAACGGCUGUUGAUAGCGGGAGGUACAAGUGUCUCCUGGCAGCACCUGUAGGAGAGCAGAACCAGGAGGGGCAGGUUCACCUCAGAGUGACAGGUUGCCUUGAGUCCACAGACCAAUCAGAAGAAAGGGAUACCAUUCUAGUUCUUUCCAUUGUGGGGAUUGUGGCGGCAUUGCUGAUAUUCACCAUCAGCUAUGUCAUCCUAAGGAAUAUGUUAUUGCAAAGGAGUAAGAAGUAUCCACAAGAACCACUUCUAGAUGCACCCCUUGAGAAGAAAGAUUUAAUGUUGAUUUACACUCUGGGGCCAAACUGGUCGAGACAGGGUUCCAUAAAACAUGUCUGUGUGUGAGAGCCUGUUCUGCUAGUUUGGGCUCAUUGUAUACUUGAACGUAAAGAGGAAAUGCAGAGAAAGACUAGGGCACGUUUGAAGCUGUGCAAGGAGCCUAAGAGUUAUGUCUACUUUCCAAGAGAAGAAUUCAUCUUUAGAGCAGAUGGAGGCAGACAACCCUCUGGCCGGUCCUGUAGAACUAAGAUGUUUACGCUUUUCAAAGAAAUGAAGCAGAAACAGUAACCUACACCCUUUCACUCAGGCAGCCAAACAGCAGUACAGCCAGGCUAGAGCAGCAGUUCUCCAGCAACGAGUGCCUGUCUGCAGAAUCCACGUGUCUGUGAUGCGCAAAGAGCAGGGCCUUGUGAGGGGACUCCAUGAUCUAAGUCCCAAGAUCUAACCCCAACAAGGAACUUCAGGAAAGGGAGAAGGAAUAAUUCAUGAUAAGGUGUCAUUCUGCAGGGUCGCUCCAUGGCAAUGUUGGGGUUAAUUCCAUUUGCAUUGCAGUCAAUUGAAGUUGACAUUGAUGUUGAACUGGAAAAUUACCAAUGUGUACUACAUGGCAUUUCAUGUCUAAUUAAAUUCCUGUAUUGACUGGUAAUGACAUGGAAUUGAUCUGAGCACUGUUUUAUGGGGCUCCCGUGUUGGAAGGAUUUGGUGGGACACGCUGGACUCUGCACAGAGAGAUGAAACCAACCAAUACGGCAUUCCAUAUGAGCCAAGCAAAUCUCACACGAACUCUAAUGUUCAGGCAUUAUUGAUACGUUUUUGUUAUUUUGUGAGGCCAAAACAGUAUUUUAUUAAUCUUGUAUGCAGAACCCAAAAAUAUUAUUUUCCUCCAAGCAUUAUGAAAGUGGGCUUUGGUGAAUAUUUGUUUUUUGAACAUGAUCAGCAAUUGUGUGUACACAUUGAAAAUAGUCGUAAAUCAUAUUGUAACGUAAUGUAUCUGAUGUACAUGUGCUAUGGUUCUUAGAUAAAUGUUCUUUAACUUUUUCUUAA